AACAAAUAUUGAUGGUUGCAAGUUAAAAAAUAUGUUACAUUUUGCACUUUAUUCAUCUAUCUAUUUUUACAUUUAUUCAAAAACAUUUUGAUGAGGAUCCCAUAUCGUAGUUUUAUGUUCUGAGCAGGACAUUUUACAUUCCAAAAAAAUGAAAACUCCUCACAUUUCUUUUCUGGCAUUUCUUUUUAUCAGCCUCCAUAUACCAUAACUGGUAUCCUCUGUGUUGAUUUUGGCUGUUGUCCUCCUGGCUAAAUAUAUCGACCUAGAUCUAAUAGGUGGAUAUAUAUAUGUAGAAAACAAGACUGGGAUCCAGAAUUAAAAGAUUCAAAUUUUUUUUAAAGGUUGUGUGUGCAGCAGAAUAACCUUCAUAAUAAACAUCUGAUGGAUCCACGCUCUCUACCAGCAGGGGGCGGUAAUGGGCCAUAUGGGCGGGCUGCCAGCCGUCAAUCAAACCCAGGAAGAAGAGUAACUGUAACCAGGAAGAAAAAGAGCUAAGGCUCCUUGAUGGACUAGCUGGGAAUCUAACCAACACAGAUCUUCACGCUUAUGCCUGGGCUGUUUGUCCAAAGAUGAGGUUGUGAGCGCCUCUCGAAUUGCAGCAGUGAAGUAAAAUGAUCGGACACUGUGACUCUGCCACAAGGCUAACAGACAUGCCUUGGUGCCAAAACACCAAGAGGAAAUAUCAUUUCUAACCAAAAGAUCCAGGUUUUCUUCUUAAAGCCAAACUACUUUUUUUUGUUUUGUUUUGGGGUUUUUUUGUAAUCAAUGAGCAGUUUCCUUUUGUAGAAUCCCCUUUUCCUCUGGACCAUGGUAGAUAAUAGAUACGCCACGGCUCUGGUCAUCGGCUCGGUGCUGAGCCUGAUGGCCACCGUGUACCUGUCUGUGGCCGUGGGCACUCAGCAGUGGUACCAGUACAACAGUCCACCAGGUAAACACGAGGGCAGCAACGCCUCAGAGCUCAGAGAGGAGUUCGUCAACGGAGAGUUUGACGAGAAGACCUACAGCGACACCAUGUUCCGGCUGAACGGCACUCUGGGACUGUGGUGGAGGUGCAUUCUGGUCCCUGGCCAGUCACACUGGUUCAAAGAGCCAGAUCCCAAGAUGGAGACGCAGUGUGUGAGCUUCACUCUUCCUCAGCAGUUUAUUCCAAAGUUCAAAUACCCUGGAAACCACAACAGUGAAGAAGAUCUGCUGAGAACAUAUCUGUGGAGAUGCCAGUUUCUCCUGCCCUUGGUGUCUCUGGCCUUGGUGUUCCUCAGCGGCCUCGUUGGGGUCUGCGCCUGCCUGUGCCGCAGCUUCACCCCCACCUUUGGCGUGGGGGUGCUCCACCUCCUUGCAGGUCUGUGCUCGCUGGGCAGCGUCUGCUGUUUCUUGGCGGGGGUGGAUUUGCUCCACCAGUACACCACACCACCAGAGGGGGUGGAGGGCUCGCUGGGCUGGUCCCUAUACCUCGCCCUCAUCUCCUUCCCUCUGCAGAUGAUGGCGGCUGCUUUGUUCCUGUGGGCGGCCAGGAGUCACCGCAAGAACUACACCCGCAUGUCGGCUUACAGGGUUGCUUAAAAAAGAGAAAAACUACUCUUAACAGUGUAUACUACCGUAAAACAGCCUACUGGUCUGAAGACGUCAUUACAACCCUUUUGUCUGUAGGAAAAGAUUUCAAUUAGAAGAAUUGACUGUAUUUUAUAGAUAGAAAAACACAGUUCCCGUGGUAUCACAGACCUGAAGAAAACCAGACUGCUAAUCAUCAUAAAUGCUCAUUUAUAGGGCUGUUAUAUCUUUGAGUUGUGUUAUCUCACUUAUUAGUUCAUUCUGUUGUUAACUGUGUUGCUGUGCAGUACUUUGUUGCCUUAUUUUUUCGGUUGCCAUUGCUUUUAAACAUGCUCACCACAUUUGCUCUUACAUCAGCUGUAAACGUGCACUGUCGCAAAAUAACACACCCGCAGUAAUAUAAGUCAGGGUAUCUUUCUCUAAUAGUGCAUGAAAAUUAUUUAACCAGAUUUUAUUUAAAUUUUUUUCUCGAGUAUGGAGCCUUUGCUGUGCAUGCAUUUUCAAGCUGAUAUUUCCGUCAUCUGUGGUAAUUGUUGAUUUCAGUCUGUGGUGUUUGUCGGCUAAAUGUCACUCACUAAAAAUGUAACCACUCAUCUUCCAUUGUCAGCCAUGUUUAUACAUCUAAUAUUUAUUAACUCGGUUAACAUUUCAAGAAGAGUCAAUUGAUUUGAAGCCACGAGAGAGAGAGAAAAAAAUGUGGGACCAUGUUUUUUUUUACCAUUUAUGUUUCCGCCCUAAACUGAACCACUGCCAUUUUACAUUUUUAUAAUGACCGAGUUUAACUGUUUAAAACUACUGUUUUUUAAUCCCACACUUACACAACUGACUGGUUUGACAGCCAAAAACUGGUUUGUCUUACUUACCUAUAAUGGUAAUGGGUGAUAGCCCAGUGUCAUUUGCAAAUCUUCUUUUGCAAGUGUAAAAGCUCCUGGAUCUUUAUUUUUAUCCUCAACAAUUGUGUGGGAAGUAAAUGAAUUUACUUUUUUUGUGAGUCAAAUUUCCAAAUUACUCAUUGUACCAGCAGCAGAAAUUGUGAUGUUUUUGUAUCACAGUGUCAUGUAACACGUCUGAUGUGUAUACACUGUCUUUUGUAAAUGUUUUUGUGUUCUGAUGCACACUACUUGUUUGUGUAUUAAUAAAUUUGACAUUUUGACAUCA